AUGGGAGACACCGUGCAGUGGCCUAGAAAGAGUGACAGGCCUGGAGAGAAGAAAGAUCCAUCAAGAUGGUGCGAUUUCCAUUCAGAUAUUGGCCAUACAACCGAUGAAUGUGUCGCGCUCAGAAAGGAGGUUGCUUACCUGCUGAAGAAAGGAUAUCUCAAAGAACUUCUGUCAGAUAGAUCCAAAGCUCCGGGGAAGGAAAGAGAAUCAAAGCAAGGAGGCCCCCCACCUCCUCCUCCUAUUGUCAAAACCAUCUGUUUCAUAUCAGGAGGGUCAGAAGUAUGCGGCUUAACAUAUUCAGCAGCGAAGCGGCAUGCGAAGGAAAGCAAUAAGGAUCAGCCCGACAGAAGGGAAAAAUCAAAAGUGGACAUUCCCAUCAUGUUUGAAGAGAGCGAUGCAAUAGAAGGCCAUCAUGACAGUCUAGUGAUUUCACUCCCAGUUGGAAAUUGUAUGAUCAAGUGA